GAACUCUUUGAAAAGGAGGUAAACGACGUUCGCUACUUGCCUUAUGGUGGUGGGCCUAUCUAAUAAUGAACAAACUGAAAGAACGAAAAAACAGGUCUAAACAGAAAAAAACUACAUCUGGUUUAAACAGACAAACACAGUUCACUAAAGGUUGCUAUGACGAAUCCGCUUCUGAGUAUGCUGACGAUAAGUCUGGCAGUUCCAGUAAUUCUGAGGAGACGGAUGACAUUUCCAUUGACUUCCCACUAGCUAUGUGGGAUUUAGAACAUUGUGACCCCAAAAAGUGCACUGGAAGGAAGCUUGUCCGUAUGGGGUUGGUUCGGACAUUGAAACUAGGACAGAGGUUUAAUGGAAUCAUCCUCUCUCCCAUAGGCAGUCAAUGUGUCUCCACAGCUGACAGGGAUAUUGUAAAAGAACAUGGUAUUGCUGUUGUGGACUGUUCAUGGGCUCGGCUUGAAGACACACCAUUUAACAAGAUGAAGGGCAAUAACACCAGACUUCUUCCUUACUUGGUGGCUACAAAUCCAGUCAACUAUGGAAAGCCUUGCACUCUCAGCUGUGUAGAGGCUUUUGCAGCAGCAAUGUUUCUUGCAGGCUUCAAGGAGGAGUGCAAAGUAUUGUUAGAGAAAUUUCGGUGGGGUAGAUCAUUUUUUCCUGUGAACUCAGAGCUUCUAGACCUUUACGGAGAGUGUCAAGACAGCCGGGAGGUGGUUGCAGCGCAACAGGCAUACUUGACCAAGCUGCAGACAGAGAAACUGGAGAAAAGUGCUGAGUACCAGGACCUGACAGAUAUGGAUUUGAGAAGAAAACAUUUUAACCCCAACAGAGCUACCAGCACGGACCUGCCAUAUUAUAGCAGUGAAGAAGAUUCAAGUGAAGGGGAAGAAGAUGAAAUAUUGGUUGACAGAUUUGGUAACACUCUAUCUGUUCAGGAAAAACCCUUCAUAGAAGACCAUACAGUGGUGGACAUUGGUGACAGUGCUCAAACAGUUGAAUUAUUUAUUGACAAGAAGACGGAAUGAGUCGGUUAUAUAUUCAUACGAAUAGUUAUAAUGGGGACAUCAUGACUAUACCUGAAAUUUGUAUUUAAGCAUAUUAUAUUUAUGAUAUAUGUUGAAAAGGGUUAACAACAAAGCAAUACACAGUACAAUGUACAGUUUUAAAUAGAAUGUUUUCCACAAAGUGUUCAGUUGCAACAAAUCUCAACUUUGUCUUUGUAAAAUAUUGUUUCUCAUUAAUUUAGUAACUUUGUGGCAUGAAAGUGUUAUGCAAAACUAAUAAAACAGUAAUUUGACAAUAAGAAAUUAGUAUCA